AUGUCACGGAGGAAGCAGCUCAACCCUCAGCACAUCCGACCGGCUGUUGAGGAUGCGUCUGUCAGUCCGGAGGCUCCUCCUGCGGUCUGCAGCCGCUACAGUGCAGAGUUCAGUUCGCUAUCAGACCUGGAACAACAUCAAAGAAACUGCUCUACUGAUCCUCCAGUUCUGAUUGUGAAUGAGGAUGAAGAUCUGCUGGGGGGGCCGGGUCAAACAGACAACACCAACACAUCACAGGACAGAUGCUACAGGGCAGUAUUCACAGAAUCCUCACCUCAACCUGGCUGCGCAGUGGACCAGAACCCGUGGAUGAAGAGCAACGUCAUUAUUGAAAAUCUAGAGAGCACUAAAGUGGCGGUGGCACAGCUUUCACAGUUGACGCACUCGGACAGCUCGUCUCUGCUGCAGCAGCUCCUCGCCCUGCAAAUACAACAGAUUCACCAGCUGCAGCUGAUCGAUCAAAUCCAUCACCAGCUGCUGUUGUUUGCUUCUCACCAAGCCGAGAUACCGGAGACCCUGCUGAACUACACCAAAGACCUGCCAUCUUCAAAAUCCACCAAUCAGCUCAAGGCUCUCAGCACUCAACUUUCUCAGCAACUAGCUGCAGCUGCUGGUUUAGCUAAAUGCUUGUCAGCUCAGUCUGCUAACAUCACCGACUUCAAGCAUUUUACAGCCAAAGAGCAGCUCUCACGCUCAGAGUCCUCACAAAGGUUUAGCAAACUUGUGACAACAGCAGUCCCCGAGCACAUGGACUGUGGUUCCCCUGACUUCCUGUCCCAAACCAAGAUGUCUUCUUUAAUGUUAAGCAAUAAUUGUUUCAUCAGUAGGACUUCCAAGAACUCCCACUUACCUUCAUCUUGCAGCGAGCACACAGCUUCAGAUUCUAUACCAAACAUCAGUGAGAUUGUGGAGGAUCUGGAUGCCCUCGCAGCCUUGGCCCAACAGGGGAAAUGCAAGAAUCUGAAGCUCCCUGCACCCACACUCUCUCCAAAAGAGUUGCUCUUCAAAUGCAGAUUUUGUGCGAAAGUUUUUGGAAGCGACGGUGCCUUGGAAAUUCAUCUGCGGUUACACACCGGAGAACGGCCGUACAAAUGCAACAUCUGUGGAAACUGGUUCUCCACACAGGGGAACCUCAAGGUUCAUUUUCAGAAGCACAAAGAGAGGUACCCGCAUAUCCAAAUGAACCCUUAUCCUGAACACCUGGACGGUAUCCAAACCAAUGCUGGGAUUCUUUUAGGUACGUCCUUGUCAUUGGAUAAAGUAGCCGAUCUUUACUUUAAUUCAGCAGCAACCAUGGACUUCAGGUCUUCUACAAAGACCUCUGACUCAGCUGAGACCAGGCAACAAAGAACAAUGAAUCUUAAAAGUGAAAAUUUAAAACCAUCUUUUAACUUCCUGUCAGAGGAAUCCAUCAAUGUCAUAUCCAAUCCAUUCACCUAUCCCAAUCCUAACUCAUUUUCCAGAUUCAUUUCAUUAAAACGUGCUAACGACUCCAAACUCCGGAUGCCAUUAGAUGCCACUGAAAAACGAGUGUCAGAUCCAAAUGAGUGCAUCAUCUGCCACCGUAUACUGAGCUGUCAGAGUGCCCUGAGGAUGCACUAUCGGACACACACAGGGGAGCGUCCCUACAAGUGUAAGCUCUGUUGCCGAGCUUUCACAACCAAAGGAAACCUGAAGACACACCAAGCUGUUCACCGUGCCACCAUCCCGUUUAGGGUCCAGCACUCAUGCCCCAUCUGCCAAAGGAAAUUCACGAAUGCUGUAGUCCUGCAGCAACACGUACGCAUUCACACGGAAGGUCACUUUCCCAAUCCAGACCUUACAAAUCGGAAAUACUCAGUUGAUUUUAAAGAAGGAUUGGGUGACAAAACAAACUUUUCAAAUGACGAUAAUGGGGACGAUCGAUUGUCUAGAUUCACAUCAUCCAUCCAUUUGGCCCCAUCUCUACCUGAUGCUAACAAGAGCACAAGUUGCCAUGGGCCAAAUGGGAAAAUCAAAUGGAUCAAAACAGAGAGGCCAGAGGGAUCAAAUGAGGAAUGCAGUCAAACAAACAACCAACCGGCUGGUGAAAGCAAUCAGUGGAGUAGCACAUUCCCCACGUCUGAACCGUCUCUGUACCCUAAUGACCAAGUUCCAAUAUAUUUUAAGACUUCCAAGCUUCAUGAAUCAUUCCAGACGUGGCUCGAUUCUACAGCGCCUGCCGACCUGAAAGAAUUUAACCUUGCAGAGGAUUCGCCAAGCUUGAUUCCCAGUCUCAGAGAAAAGGGGUUCCUGAAGAACACUUACUGCGAUAUAUGUGGGAAGAAUUUUGCCUGUCAAAGCGCCUUGGAUAUCCACUACAGGAGCCACACCAAGGAGAGACCCUUUAUCUGCACAAUAUGCAACAGGGGCUUUUCCACUAAGGGGAAUCUCAAGCAACACAUGCUCACACAUCAAAUGAGGGAUUUCCCAGCACAUCUCUUUGAACCCUCCACUCCUGAGCAAGCACACAACCAUAACAGUGCAGAGUUCUCUGUUAGCUCACAAGCUGUAAAGAUAGACCUGACUGCUUUCCUGAGCUCCUCUUUUAGGAAUGGCAAGGAUCCUUCUUGUCAUUCACAGAGCUCCUGUGUUUUCCCUCUAUGUGCUGUAGUACCACCUUGCCGGACGCCCAAACAGCACCACUGCAAGACCUGUGGGAAGAGCUUCUCCUCCUCCAGUGCUCUGCAGAUCCAUGAGAGGACUCACACCGGGGAAAGGCCAUUUGCCUGCGCCAUCUGUGGACGAGCUUUUACUACAAAAGGGAAUCUAAAGGUUCAUAUGGGGACUCACAUGUGGAACAGCGCCCCCAGUAGGAGAGACUGCAGACUGUCUGUGGACAGAUCAGCGGUGGGAAUUGGGACUCGUCCUGUCAAACUUCCUGAGCCACCACAGAGGGAUCCAGUGAUGGUUUCCAAAAGCAGAGACUCUGUUCACCGCUGGAACCAAAGUCCACCAGGUCUGAAGAUGACCGAUGUCUGUGAGAUUCAGAGCGGAGGACACGUAGGACUGAAGAAGACAACUGUAGAAAGCUCCGGUGUUUGUCCUCUUAUUGAUGGGACCAGUUAUUUAGAGACAUAAAUAUUGUGCAAUGUUUUAUUCUGUGUUUCAAAAUAUAUGUAAAUGUUAAAUUUGUGGUUUUAUACAGUUUUACUGUUUUUACAACUAAACCUCCCUAAGCCCCGCCCCUUUAUGAGCUGUGCUCCAAUCACAGUUGAGCCUCAGUCAGAACCUCAAUCAACUUCCUCCUUUCCUGUUCUUAGAUACGCUAUAUGCUAAGCUAAUCUAUGUUGACACAUUUUGAAGAUGGUUAUAAGAUAAAAGACACAUAUAUAGUCCCAUCUUAGGUUAACUAAUGUUAGCAAAACGCUAACAACAAAUUAGCUAGUGUCU